GAAAUCAUAUAGUACCAAAAUAACAAGAUCCUUUGAAUGAAAUUAUCAUCAAUUGCAGCUGGAGAUAUCUUUCAUACAAUCAAGUUUAAUUAAGCCGACAAUGAUUUCUUCAAGCAACUGCCGUCUCGGAGGCAUAUGUCUAGUCGUAUUUGUCUUCAUUUAUGCAGUCUGGUCUCCGUUCAAGGGGUUUGUAUCUGAGAAUGUCGUGGUCUCAUCUAAACCAAAGGCGAUUGAGCCUGGAGAAAGUGCCAUCAAACAGUAUCUAGGAAGCAAAGACUGUGGAAUCAUACAAUCGGAUAUAUAUCAUGUACCAUACCCCACCAGAUCGAACGUCUCACCCUUCUGCAGAAACAGGGCAACACUCCUUGAAGCUUUGAGCAGUGGAGGUAGACAUGGAUUCGAUGAGCCAUAUGUUGGCAAAGGUUGCACAUAUCGGUGGUUCUCGACUUCCGAAAUAUGUAUGAUCCUCGAACGGUUUAGUGCUGUUGUUUUCCUUGGUGACGAGACUGCGCAAACGAUAUAUGCUGCUCUUAAUGUCUUUCUGAGAGAGGAUAUAUCGCACGGCGGCCUUCAAGAAUGGUUGAUGACAGAUGAUGAGCGGAUCGCAUGUAAAUGCGAUGCUCAAUUCUUGGACAAUAACUGUCUCGGAUAUUCUGUAAAGAACUUUGAGGAGGUUGUUAAAAACGAAGCGAAUGACCCAAAAGGAAGCCCGUACGUUUGUCAAAGAACUCCCCAUGUUUACAUUCCAUUCAUGACUACACCUGCCUCGUCCGCCGCUAUAGCUACUUUCAAGUCAUUAGCAUACCAAAAACCAGAUCCUUGGCGACCUACUCCGGUGAUCUUUUCUCUUGGUCAUAGAUAUUCUCAUGAUAUGAAACUCUCCAUCGAUUCAAUAAAUGAGUGGAUAGGUAUUACCAACGGCGCUGAACGCAAUAUUCCGAUACUUCUCCUUGGUCCUACUGCCUACGGCAUUUCAAAGGAAUCAAGCAAUGAGGGAAAUAUGGAGAUAUGGAAAUACCAGGACGAGCUGAACAGAAUUGCCCCUGACAAACACAUGGAUAUUCUUCGACUUUGGAAUCUGACAAUACAAGCAAGUAGUACGGAUGGGGAAAGAUAUGGAGAGAAAGUUGCAAUGGUUCAAGCUAUGAUGAUUAUCAAUUGGUUGUCAAAGUUGGAGACCUCUUAACACAGUCCAAAAUACAACCUUACUUUGCAAUUAUGAUAUAUGAAUACGAGAAGGAGAAUGAUAAAGAGAAGGCGGGAUGUGUUUAAACCACCCAUCUUAUCGCUAGCUAAGGAAAUAGACUCCAUAUUUUACAACCAUUUACCAUUGUCCCGCGAUAGCCUGCAUUGUCAAUAAUUAUCAAUCAUAUGGCA